AAUAAAUACAGUGCAAAAAUAAUUAUAACAUGUGUAAAGCACAAACGAGAGAAAGACAUUCAACAAAUAGCAAUCAAGCCAUUAAAGAGUAAAGACAUGAAAAGAAAGAGAAGCUUCUGAAUUGAGUAAAAUCAAAGCCAAAACAAUGGUUGUUUUACACCAUUUAAACACCUUCACAAUCUCCAUGGAGUUCUUCUCUCACUUCCCAUGGAGUUUCACUCCAACCCCACCUUCAAGAUUCAAUAUUUUUCACCCCAGAUUCUUGUUUCUGCAGAAAGUCAACAAAAGUCAGCACCUUUGCCAUUGUUCUUCUGUAUCACCUUCUAGUCAGCAACUUCAAGAACAGGUGGCCGAUGGUGGUGGGACGGGGCAUUUUGGUAAUUUAGUACAAGGGUAUGGAUGGAAAGUGAGGAAGAUGGUUGAAGAGGAUCAUGAAAUGAGGAGUGUGGCCAAUAUUCAAGCUGAGUCUUUUUAUGAACCAGUUAUUUUAUUUAAUGACGUGUUCUUCCAGUUCUUUCAGGCUGAGGUUCUUGCAGGACUACUUUACAGACUAAAAAAUUCACCACCUGAUAGAUACGCAUGUUUGGUUGCGGAAACAAUGACAAGAGAAAUUGAGGAUAGACAAAAAUUAGUAGGAGUCGUGGAUGUAACGGUUUUCAGGGAUGAAUCAGUUCUUGGGUAUCUAUCCGGGGCAGAUGAAUAUCUUUACGUGUCAGGAAUAGCAGUGUUACCUGAUUUCAGACGCAAAAAAGUUGCAAGUAUAUUGCUCAAGGCAUGCGAAAUGUUGGCUAAUGUUUGGGGAUACAAGUAUCUGGUGUUGAGAGCUUAUGAAGAUGAUUGGGGUGCUCGAAAAUUGUACACAAAUGCAGGGUAUAGAAUGGUGUCAGGUGACCCUUUGUGGACCUCAAGUUGGAUAGGAAGGAGACGCCGAGUUCUUUUGAUCAAACAAUGUAACACAACAUGAGAACAAUACCUAUCCUUAAACAUUUUUUUUAGACCAUCCUUUAAAUCUUCGAUAAUAUGCUCUUCAAAAGUUGAAAUUAGUAGUUCAUAUUAUUUUGUAUAUUGCUUAGCCUAUUUGUACAUCUUUAUAUAGACCAGUUAGUCAGAAUCAUGUUUCAUUGUAAUCGAUAUAUAUUCUCAAUUAUGAUGAAAUCAUUCAGAAAAAAAUACAUAUCCUUAUAUGGUA